AUGGAUUACAAAACACCCUCCCCUCAGCAGAAUGGAGCGGGGAAACGUGGAAAACCUAGUAAGGCGUGCGUUCCCUGCCGCGCACGCAAGAUCAAGUGCGACGCUGCGGUGACUGGACUGCCCUGCAGCAGCUGUGUCAGCCGACAGUGUGUCCCAAACUGCGUCUUGUCGGCGCGCAAACCACGAAGACGGACUAUACGUACCGUUGCUGCCGAUAAGGAGCCUGGAUCACCAAGGCGUGACGAACUUGUAUGUGAAGUAAUUUUAUCCCAUGUUCCUCGGCCACACUCCUGUGCUGCUUCCAAAUACGCAACGAAGGGGCUAACACCCCCCGAUAGACUCCAGACCACACAGCAAACAGCUCCCGAACUACACACUUGUCCUCUGGAUCACAGUAGCUCUACUCCGCGGGGUCCCCCAUCUCGGCCUGACUUGCAUUACCUUAAUAUCUUGCACGACGCUGUCACCGCUUCGCCAACAAGUCCACAGCACGCCAGCGACGGUACUCCCGGCAGCCGAACUGAAGAUGACCUCAUCCCUCGGAUCCGGCUCUGGAAUAAGCCACCGGCUCUCGACGAGGUGGACAACGAGUUUCUUACUAAAAAAGGAGUUUUUGACUUGCCCGCUCGUUGCUACAUGGACAUGCUCGUCAAGACAUACUUUGAUCAGGCCUAUUCUUGCAGUCCAGUGAUCGAGAGGGCGGAAUUUCUUAGAAGCUAUCAGUCAGGGGACUGCUCCUUGUUUCUCCUUUACGCCAUCUUUGCAACCGCGGCUCUCUUUGCUCCAGGAGAAGCCAUAUCUGGCUGUGGAUUCGCCAACCGUUGGACUGCUCAAGAAGCAUUCUUUUUAAAGGCAAACUUGCUUCAUGACUUUCACUACGAAAGUGAUACUCUUCGUAUGCUCCAAGGCACAAUAAUCUUGGGAGUCAUCAUUCUCGAUCAUCCAACAGACAGGGACUUUCAGUAUUGGUUCCAUAACGCGAUUCGACUUGCAGUCAAGCUCGAUAUACAUAAUACGUGGCGUCGUGAUGUCUUUCAUUCAUUCGUCAACACACAAAACUUACGGCUCCUUGAGAAUGUUCCCUUGUUGAGAAUUCUCAACAAAGAUGACUGGGAAAUCGAGGACAUGCCUGAAGAAUCUGACCUGCUGUCACCAGUAUCGUAUCAGCAAAAGACUUCACUCAUUGCCCACUGCGAGCUAGUUCAAAUAUUUGGAGACUGUUUGUCGACAGUCAAGAAUGGAUCCCGUCAAGAUGUACGCCAAAUGAUGCGGCCACUCGAUGCUUGGCGUGCGUCCCUCGCCGAGAAGAUGGGUAUUACAGAUCCUUUUCACGAUGGAGACAUAUACUACCCAGAGACUCUCGCAAUAAGCUACAGAUUCGAAGCCAUCAUGUGUCGCCUACUUCGUCGCUGCUGGCGUUCACGAAAUGUUAGUGGAAGUGAGUGGGCUAAGCAGAGACUUCGGUCAGCCAUCUUUGAGCUUGACACCAUCGCCAAGAGAGUCCUGGCGAACGGAACUAUCCAAAAGUUCCCAAUGACAUUUGUCAGUACAAUGCCCGCUCUCCUGGCGCUUCACAUCGAGACAGCGCUUGAUCCGUCAGAGACAGACCUUGUCCGCUCAAUGGCCAAGCUAUCAAUUAACCAGACAAUGCUGGUUAUUGAUCAAGUCAAGGAUGUUCCUGCAAUAUCGCGAGCUCUUCCGGCGUUUGAGAUGGUGCUCUCCAAGAAGAACCUUUACUCAACCCCAUCAAGUCAUUCCGAGUCCAUGCAGUCACCCUCGAACCAGGGUCCGAACCAGUCAUCUGUGUUACUACACGCACAUACUGACAUAGAUUCGCACACCGGGCUUGGGGAGCAUCUUUCUCCUUAUGGGGACUUUUUAGGAUUCGAUUUCUUGGAUCGGUGGGAGAUGGAGGAGUUGGACUUUACAGGCAUCUACUAA